AUGUCACAGAUAUAUGUUUCCUUGAUCACCCACGCACUCAGAUCCAUCUCUCCUUGUACACUUCCUUUCCCUUGUGCUACUUUCCCUGGAUCCACGCCACAUGUUAAUCAAAGAGGGCAGUUUAUCGUGAGUACUGAACCAGUAUACUCGAAGUUGUGUGUAUCCACUCAUGACUCCAGGUUCAAGCACAUCAUCACUUUCAACAUGGACGAGUAUGUCGGCAUUCCUCAUGACCACCCAGAAUCCUACCACACAUUCAUGUUCUGCGAGUUUUUCUCUCAUAUCGAUAUUCCCCUCUCCCAAGUCAAUUUACUGGAUGGGAACACCAAAGACUUGGUCGCCGAAUGCAACACAUAUGAGUUUUGCAUCAAGCAGGGUGGUGGUAUCGAGCUCUUCCUGGGUGGUAUUGGCGAGGAUGGUCAUAUCGCAUUCAAUGAACCUGGCUCAUCCCUCGCGUCCCAGACCCACAUCAAGACACUUGCUUUUGACACCACUGGAUUGAACCUCCUGCCAUCAAGUUCAGUGCCCUCUCACUACCUUCAGCAUCAUCCCGCUACCUCUCUGACUCAGGGACUGGUGCUCAAUCUCACGCUGCUGCUCGCCGCCAUCCUCGACCCAUGCCCAUGA